AUGGGCGAAAUCUUCUCGCAGCUGGCCAAGGACCUGAGCAGCUCUUCGAGGCAUAGGGAGGCAGGGGAAGCGAAUGAAGAUCUCAACAUUUCUGCUCCGUCAGACUUCAAGAGAGGUGUCCACAUGGAGCAUGACCCGGUCAAGAACAUCGUCAGUGGGGUACCCGACGCAUGGCGCGAUGCGCUCUCCGACAGCUUUACGCUCCAUGAGGGGGAGGGGAGCGGCGAUGUCCCUGCAUACCUCAUCCCCACCAACUGGUCCUCCCGGCGGGACUGGGAGGAUCUCCUCCUCUCAUCGGGGAUCAGUAAGGAGGACGCGCUCGAGCAUCCACAGACAGUCCUGGACGUGCUGGAGUUCACAGCUGGGGGGAUGUACCGUCCCGUGAGGGAGAGGAAGGUCAAGCUGCCGGCAGAGAGCUCAGUGCUGGAGAGGGUGCGGAAUGCGAUCUCGAUGAAGCUGGAGGACCCGAUGCUUGCCUUCAGCGGCUUCACUGAGAUCGGGAAGGGAGGACACGGAUGCGUCUUUCUUGCCAACGAGAUCUCGUCGAAGAAGCUCAUGGCGCUAAAGAGGCUCGAGAUCGGAAAGCUGACCAACAUGGCGUCUCUCGAGAACGAGAUCGCCAUGAUGACGCUGAGCAAGCAUCCCAACGUCGUGGAAUUCUUCGAUUCUUAUCUCUGGAAGAAUUAUCUCUGGAUUGUGAUGGAGGCGAUGGAGCGAGGGUCUCUCAUGAGUCUCAUCCGCUCGAAGAAGCAGCUGAAGGAGGACAUGAUAGCCUACUUCUGCAAGCAGAUUGUCUCCGCUCUCUCCUUCCUCCACAUGCACGGUAGAAUUCAUCGAGAUAUCAAGCUGACGGAGGAGGUGGACAAGAGGAAGUCCAUGGUGGGAACACCCUACUGGAUGGCGCCUGAGCUGAUCCGGUCGGAGUUUUACGAUGGAGGUAGGACAGGAGCAGGAGAAGGGGAGCAGCAGCAGCAGCAGCAGCAGCAGCAGCAAGGUGUGGAGGACCAUGGAAGAGAAAGUAAUUUGUUCGUAGCCAAGGUAGACAUCUGGAGUUUGGGGAUCCUUACAAUCGAAUGCUUCGAGCAAGAGCCUCCAUACUUCCGGUCUCCUCCCCUCCUGACUCCCAUAUACUUCUAG